GUCGGUACAGCUGUCAGAAGAGGGAACUCCCACAGCAAAGGGCAUAAAGCCAUCUGGGGCAGUCUGGGGCGGCUCAGUUUUGUGGUGCCAGGGAGUGGACCAGAGCCCAGUCCUGCCCCAGACACAGAUGGGAUCAUGAAUUCCAACCAGAGCUUCAGCCAGAACCCCUCAGUUUCCCUCUAUGCCACAGGAGGCGGCUGGGGCCGGCCAGGGAGCUUCCCCCGGGCUCCCAGUGUCCAUGGUGGUGCCGGGGGUGUCCGCAUCUCACUUUCCUUCUCCUCACCGAGCUGUCCACUCCCUGAAGGGUCUUGGAGGUCUGGAAGAGGCAGUUCCCUCCUAGGCGGAAAUGGGAAGGAGAUGAUGCAGAACCUCAAUGACCGCCUGGCCACCUACCUGGAAAAGGUGCGUGCCCUGGAGGAGGCCAACGUGAAACUAGAAAGCUGCAUUCUGAAGUGGCAUCAGCAAAGAGAUUCAGGCAAUAAGCAAGACUACUCCCAAUAUGAGGAAAGCAUCAGCCACCUGCAGGAGCAGAUAGCAGAUGGCAAGGUGAACAACGCUCAGAUCAUCCUUCUCAUUGACAACGCCAGGAUGGCAGUGGAUGACUUCAGCCUUAAGUAUGAAAAUGAACACUCCUUCAAGAAAGACUUGGAAAUUGAAGUUGAAGGUCUCCGAAAGACCUUGGAUGAUCUGACCAUUGUCACCACAGACCUAGAACAGGAGGUUGAGGGGAUGAGGAAAGAGCUCAUCCUCAUGAAGAAGCGUCAUGAGCAGGAAAUAGAGGAAAACCGUGUGCCAAAUGACUUCAAGGUCAACGUGAAGGUGGAUACAACCCCAGGAGAAGACCUGAUUAAGGUCCUGGAGGAUAUGAGGCAGGAAUAUGAGUUUAUAAUUAAAAAGAAGCAUCAAGACUUGGACACUUGGUACAAAGAGCAGUCAGCAGCCGUGGCCCAGGAGGCAGCCAGUCCAAAAGGUGUGCAGAGCAGCCAAAGUGACCUUCAUGAACUGAAGCGCACUUUCCAGGCCCUGGAGAUUGAUCUGCAGGCACAGUGCAACAAGAAAUCUGCUUUAGAAAACAUGUUAUCAGAGACCCAGUCUCGGUACACCUACCAGCUCCAGGACAUGCAACGGAUCAUCUCCCACUAUGAGGAGGAACUGACACAGCUACGCCAUGACCUGGAGCGUCAGAACAACGAAUAUAAGGUCCUCCUGGGCAUCAAAACCCACCUAGAGAAGGAAAUCGCCACCUACCGCCAGCUCUUGGAGGGAGAGAAUGGAGGGACAAAGGAAGAAUCUAAGUCAAACGUCAAAGCUCCAAAGAUCAAGGCCAUCACACAGGAGAGCGUCAAUGGAAGAAUAAUUCUUUCUCAAGUGAAUGAGAUCUGAAAGUACAAGUGAGGCCAAUAAAAAUUUCUGCCUGUUGUAAAAACUAUUUCCCCUCAAUGGAAAGUCCUUGCCCAGGUGAAUUCUAAGAGGUUUCCUUGGAGUUAACAAACUCAGAAACUUUUUUUCUCUGUAACAAUCUCACCAUAACAAUCUUCAUAUAUUGCUGCACUUUUUCAAUCAAAGUAUGAGUUCAUGAGCUUAAAGCUCUAUUUUACUACUACAGUUGUCAGAUUCCCAUCAUUGUACAUGUUUUAUAGCCAAUAAAACUCCACACCAGCUGCA